CGCCUCUUGUAGAGUUCGCGUUUGUCUUAGUUCAAAUUUGUAUCCUCACUCGCCGUCUUCCUUCAGCUAUUGGCAUCACUCAUCUCUAUUUUUCACAAAUCAACCUAAACAAAAUAAUCACUCACAAAUUUGCUAUUCCUCUUUCCCUAUUUGAUCCACUUCUCUCUCCCUCUCUGAAUUGACAAUGAGCAAAGGAACGAAGAGGCAAGCCAAACAGAACCAAGAGCCAAAGCAAGGCAAGAAGCGAUCCACUAAAAUUAAGCCUCCCAAGCAAGACGAGUACUUCGAAGACAAGCGCAAUUUAGAGGACUUGUGGAGGGAAACGUUCCCUGUAGGAACAGAGUGGGAUCAAUUGGAUUCCGUGUAUCAAUACAAGUGGAAUUUCUCUAACCUGGAAAAUGCAUUUGAAGAGGGUGGUGUGCUGCAUGGAAAAAAGGUUUAUCUCUUUGGAUGCACCGAGCCUCAACUUGUGUGGUUCAAAGAUGAAAGCAAAGUUGUCUGCAUACCUGUUGUUGUAGUUGUAGUUUCACCUUUCCCACCAUCAGAUAAGAUCGGGAUUAACUCCGUUCAGAGAGAAUCUGAAGAAAUAAUACCCAUGACACAAAUGAAAAUGGACUGGGUUCCAUAUAUCCCCCUGGAGGACCGAGAAAGCCAAGUUGACAGAUUAAAAUCUCAAAUAUUUAUCUUAAGUUGCACCCAAAGAAGGGCUGCAUUGAAACAUCUGAAGUUGGAACGUGUGAAGAAAUACGAGUACUGCUUACCUUAUUUCUACCAGCCGUUUAAGGAAGAUGAACUUGAACAAAGCACUGAAGUUCAAAUAAUAUUUCCAGCAGAGCCAAAGCCGAUUUUCUGUGAAUUUGAUUGGGAAUUAGAUGAGCUUGAGGAGUUCACUGAUAAGCUUAUACAGGAGGAGGAGUUAUCGGAAGAUCAAAAAGAUACUUUUAAGGAAUUUGUCAAAGAAAAAGUACGCGAAGCAAAGAAAGCUAAUAGAGAGGCAAGGGAGUCUAGAAGAAAAGCAAUUGCAGAAAUGAGUGUAGAAACUAAAGCUGCUUUUGAGACCAUGAGAUUUUAUAAGUUCUACCCCAUGCAAAGUCCAGAUGCACCUGAUGUAUCAAAUGUUAAGUCUCCAUUCAUAAACAGGUAUUACGGAAAGGCUCAUGAGGUUCUGUAAGUGGAUUCAAGAUGAUGACAAGUUCAUUUGCAGGCUUCUUGUCAAUAGAGAUUUACUCAUCUUUGACGAUCAAGGGGCAACCACCUGGUGCCUCGUCAGCAGUGUAGCUGCAUGAAGGAAUACAUGGGAACAAAAUGUUACCAUAGGAGGAAUAUUUGGGACGAGUUUCUGAUUUUCAAUGUGAUCAGGAGCUUCAAUUUUUGUAGCCCUUGCCUUGGUUUCGAUUUUCGGAUUCUUUGUCCAUUGAUGAGUUGUUUGGCUUUUAUUAGAAGUUAAAUGAAAAUAAAUUAUUUGUUAUUUUAA